AUGAUAGGUAAUCUUAAGGGUUAUUUUUACAUCUACUCAUAGCCUUAUACGAACAUUUAUUAGCACACUAAAGUAAUAAAUAUUAUUUCUAUUUACCAACUUUUUGAUAUGAUAAUCAAUAUAGUAGAUGUAAGUACAUACGAUGUAGAUGGAACAAGAAUAAUGUUGAUAGCUAGAAUUAUUGUAUCAAUAUAUAAAAAUUUUAGAUUCAAGCCGGAUUACUUAUAGUAUUUUGGUUGAUUUUCAAGUGUUUAAGAAAAUUAAGAAAUGGUUUCCUUAAUGUUGCUACAUUUAUAUAUUUUAUUUCACUUUUUAUAUGCUGGACUGAAACUGACUAUUAUUUAUUUAAUGAAAUGAAGUAACCUUAUACUAGUUAUACAGCUGAAAUAUACAUACUGUUACUAGCUUUAGUGAUAUUGCAAGAAUCUUAAAUAUGUUAAACAAUAUCUCUAUUAUUUUCGUUAUUCUACUCUCUUUUUCGGUAUAAAUAUAUUAUUAUAAGAAUAGAAUCUAGCUAUUCUAAAAUAAAAUUGAUAUUCUUUCUUCAAUUAGGAUAGUAUUAAUUCAUGUAGCAAUUUAAAUAUUUUUGUUAUAACUACCUUAGCAGAAGUAGAAGUUAAAUAAUCAACUUGUAAUGUUGGGUUAGUAGUCUAAAAAUUAUGUUCCUAUGCAAAGUAAUAGACAAUCUUAAGUAAAUUAAUAAUAAAGACUUUCAACCUACAUAAAUCAAUAAAAUUAUGAUAUUACAUAGAGAUUAAAGUAACAAUUUAAAGAAAAUGAAAUUGCAGUAUCAGAAGAAAAUAGAUUAGACACUGAAAGAUAAAAUUUAGACUAAUUUUAUGAAAAUGUUUUAAAUAAUAUACAAAUAGGCAUAUUUAUAGUAGAUAAUUUAUAAAGUGCAGUUAAAUCUAUCAAUCCUUAUAUGUCACAUCUAGUGUUAAAGGAUGAUUAAUUGAGUGAUGAGUUUUUGAAUUAUGAAAUGUUUGAUUUUGGAAUUGCAUUUGAAGAUAAUUUAACAGUUUUACCUAAAUUUCAUAGAAGUAAAGAUAUAGGAAAUUUUAUCAAAUUUAUGCAAACUCUUGAGUAAGAAUUUAUUAUUAUUAUUAUUGUGCUUAGAACAUAAAUUAUGAGAAUGGAAAUAUUGGAUUAAAAGAAGUUUAAUUUUUUCAUAAAUCUAUGA